AUAAAGUUUUAAUUUAGGGAGCCUUAGGAUAACCCAUCAAUCUACACUUAUUUGACAGACGUGUUGUGGAUUAUUUUGGUUUAGCAAUGGUACCCACCAACGAAGGAGUUGACCAGAAGUUUGGAUUGGUCGAUUCGCACGAUGCCUUCCUCGAUGGCUUCCAACGUAUUAACCAAUUUAUUAAAGACAGCUUGGUUUACCAACAGGCCAAUGAAGACUAUGAUAAGGCCCUGUCCCAGAUGGAUAUCUAUAGCUUUCUGAUUGAUUUGGAACGUCGGCUACUAAUACAGUUUUCUGAAGGCGACGGCAGCCAGGACGAUUGGUCCUUGUUCGCAGAGAUACUUAAAACUGUCGAUUCAAGAAGUUCAACGGAGUUGUUUCUAACAGACAGGCUUCUCUACGAAUUCAAGGAAUGGUGCAAGCUUAACAAAACAGUUGGCUCGAGUACUUCGGACUCUGAAUCUCAAAAAAAACGAAGCCCCUCUGUUGAUGAUUCUCCCUUGAUCACGACUCAGAACAUGGUUGAGGAGUCCGUGCCUAUCGAUGUUGAGAUGGAUUCAGCUUCUGACACCGAGGAGUCAUCCAGCAUGGGACAGAACGUGGUCGAGGAGUUCGUGCCUGAUGAUGAUCAGCCGGCUUUAGCUUCUGACAGCCAAUCAUCCCCGACACCUCAUGAGUCCACUAUUGAUGUUAAGAAAGAACUCACUUACGAGGACAACAUGCGUGUUAUGGAUUUGCUCCGUGGUGCGAUUGGUCAGGUGAUUGUGAAGAAGUUUAACAUUCAGAUGCUCCGCUGUGAUAUCUGUACUCUGUACGGAUCCAACUGGCUGAACGACAAUGUGAUCAACUUCUACAUGGAACUCCUGAACGAGCGUUCGAAGCAGAAUGUCGGCCAGCUUCCCACCGUGCAUGCCAUGAAUUCCUUCUUCUUACCCCGUCUGAUGGAGUAUGGAUACGGUGCCGUAAGGCGCUGGACCCGGAAGGUUGACCUUUUCAGCAAGCAUAUAAUACCGAUACCGGUGCACUUCGAUGGCAAUCCCAGUCACUGGAGCAUGGUAAUUAUCGAUUUGCGUCACGAAACGAUCAGGUACUAUGACUCGCUUGGCAAAAGCGAUGUCUCCGUGCUGGUGGCCCUGAAGGAUUAUCUGGAGCGGGAGUCGAUGGACAAACGCAAGCAGCCGUUCGACACCAGUGGCUUUAAGAUCGACCAUGUUAAGGAUGCGCCGCAUCAGUAUAAUGGCAAUGAUUGCGGCGUCUUCUGUUGCAUGUAUGCCGAGUUUGUGACACGCGAUGCCCCGUUGACCUUUGAUCAAAGUCACAUGGUCACUAUUCGAAAAAGGAUGAUACUGGAGAUUGCCGACGGCAAGCUCUGGACAUAAA